AUGGUGAAGGCAGAUGUACGGAGGGACUACUACGCGGACCUGGGUCUGACCCCCAGCGCGGAGACGGAGGAUAUCAAGAAGCAGUUCCGGAAACUUGGUAAGAAUGAUCCCCAUAAUUCCUUGUUAGGUGACAUGCUGACUGUCGGCUUGUUAGCUUUGAAGUACCACCCCGAUCGAAACCCCGGCAGAGAAACGGAAUUCAUCGCCAAGUUCCAGGCCAUUCAGGCAGCACAUGAGAUUCUCGGUGACCCUCAACAACGCCUCAGGUACGAUACGGAACGACUACGCGCUGGAUACGGCAAGCUAUAUGGCCCCGGAAAGCCAACCACGCCGCGUAAAACCGCCCCGAAUAAUUUUGCCUCGACCGCCUCGACCAGACCUCAGUCCGCAAAACAGUCCUUCUCCGGUCGGCCCCAGUCUUUCCACCAGCAAGGCCCUUCUUCGGGUGCUCAACGAUACGCAAGCUACGCCCGGGCGGCGCCGAAGCAACCGUGGGAGAAGGGGCAGGAUGACGGACAGACGCGGGCGGAUGCCUACCGCGGUUUCCAGGAUAUGAAGAAUGGCUGGUCACGGUUCAAUCCUCGCACGGGCGGCGCGGAGUUCCCCAACGGUAGUCCCAGGAUGUCCAAGUCUGCCUACGAAUACUUUGCGUCUCAGUCGAAGACUUCGAGCAAGCCUGCGACUCCUGAACCGUCAGCGCGUCCACAGUCGUCCACCAAGAAGAAGCAAGGGUUUGCCCCGCGGGCCGCCGGCGGUGAUGAGCCUAUGGCUGCAAAGACCGCUUCAUAUAAUAGCGCGCACCGUUCCGAACGGCCUCAGUCGGCUCACUUUUUCGGUGCCGCCCCCUCGCCAACCUCCCGGAAGGCGGCAGCCGGUUUCGGAAAUCGAGCCGCCAACUCAAGGACGCCGGAUGUUGAACGCGCUGGUAGCAAGUAUGCAGGUACUGGAGGAGAGAAGACUUUCUUCUCCAGCGAAUGGCUGGGGCGAUCAUCAAGCGUGCGCAAUUCGCCUGAUAGCUCCAAAUCGCAUUCCCGCACCAGCCCCCCUAGCCCAACUCCAGCAGAAUCGGGUAGGCAUCGAAGUGCCAGUCCCAAGGUAAGGAAGGAGAGGGAUAACAGGAAUUACACGUCCACCAGCUCCAGUGAUCUUUCCGACUCUGAUGAUGCCCGUCCUUUCGCCUAUAAGCCCAAGGCUGUCCCGAAGAGCAGACUCCACCGUCACCAGAAAUUCUCCGACUUCCGUACAAGUCAGGGAGCAAGCUUUAAAAAUGACUCUGACGAUACAGCUUCCUCAGGGAGGCCGUUUGGUACGGAACCUUUUGGACCCGGCGCCUUCAAGAGUAGUAGCCAGGAUAAUCUCCGUAGACCAUUUUCAGUGGAGGACUGGGGCAAUUCCACCUUUUUUCCCCCCAGUUCCCCCAGUUCAAAAGAGGAUCUACGGCCUCCAGGAGGAGUUGGAGAUUCAAACCGAACUACCCCUGCACCGGCAUCCCAGCCCUCGAAUGAAUCGGUUCGCGAGUCCGCGGAGACCGCUUCCCAACAGAAGCCCACCCCAUUUGCCGAGGCAAAGUUCGAUCCAGGUGUCUGGGAGGAUGAUUGGGCAGAAAGAUUCCGGGACAUGCUGCGUUCCAUGCCAAUGGAGGAUGGAGCCCAGCAGCAGCAUACAGCAAACGCCCAGCGCCCGCGGAGUCCACGAAAACCAGCGCGACCAGCUACCAAAUUGCGCUCUGCACCACAGCCCGCCAGUGUCUCAACCGAGGCCGAGGAAUCCAAAUCGACAGUGGGUGGUGGUAAUCCCUCUGCACGAGCUGCUGAAGACGGGGAAGCGAUGGACCUGGAUGAUGACGUCCCUGCAAAGCCGGCCAACGUGAAUACUGGUGCUCCGCAAUCAACUUCUGACUCCGGGAAGGAGAAUGAAGGCCCUAAAUCUCGGCCCACGUCUAGUGGGCAAGGAAAAGACAACUCCCAGCGCGCGAGCAAACUGUUCGACAUGAAGAAUCUUGGAAACACAGUCCCGUUUACAUGCGGGAACAAUGGUGGUAUCGAUGACCUCCAGGACAUCCAGGCGAGUCUUCCAUUCGAAUCCCGGGCCAAGGUGCCUCGAACCGCGGUGCAAGAUAUUCGUGCGCGUGAGCUCAUCUGCCCGAAUCCCCCCAAACGGCCCGAGCCGCCAAAGUUGGUCCCUGUCAGCGUGGGAUCUUCUCAACUUGGGCUGCCGCGGGCGGCCUGGGACCGAUAUGUUUUGGAGAUGAACAGCUACAUGCGCGAGUGGAACGCUUUCAACAGGCGUAUCUUGACUCAUUUUAAUGCCCGACAGGAGGCGAUAGAGACGGGGAUGGCGCCCAACUGGAUUGGUUCUGUCGGGGAUUCCACACGUCUCCGGGUCAAUGCGCAGAACGACGAGGAGGAUGGCGGAAAGGGGGCCAGUGGAGAUGAGAGUGACGAUAAUAUGGUUGCAGGGAGUGCCAAAGGCGGGUACAGCGCGUACUUGCGCGGUCUGGACGAAGACGCCAAGGUGCAGAAGCAUUGGGACGUUGCGCGCGAGUUGCAUCGCGAAUGUAUCCUGAAACUGGGCAAGAUGCGCGAGUGGAUUUUGAAUGGAGGCAGACUGAUCUGA